UAUAUUAAGUUAGAGAAUCGAUUAAGUUAUUAAUCCAAUCCUAAGAUAACCAAAUUAAAAAAUCAAGUUGUUGGAUCAAUCUUGUUUUUAGACCAUCAAUCAUUUUCUAAAAGCCUUCAACCGAUUAUAAGUGAGGUUUGAUUAUUGGCUUGUAUUGAUUAAUCUUUUUUCUUUAUGCAUCAAAGCUUUAUUUAAUUGAUUGAUAAUCCAUAAUCUAAAGAAUUAGUUAAAUUCUAUCAACGACAGGACUUGCAUAACAGCCUUUCAUCUCUUGAGAUUUAAGAAAAACAACAAAUUCGAUCUGCUGUUGGUGUACUUGGUUUAAAAUUUUUCACAAAUGUCUAAGAAUAACUAUUUUACAAAAAAAACUGCACAAAAAAAAAAGAAAAAGCUGGAAGUUCCACAAUUAUUUACACAAAACUCAUUAUUAAGCUUGAAAUUGCUUUUUAAUAAGAAAUUUAGCUUAAAAUCCCCAAUCCCCUUACCUUUAAGUUAAGGUUAUUCUAAAUAGUUAUUAAGUUAAGAUGUAGUUGA